UGAGCAGAUUAGCAAGUAUGUUGAUGCAGUUAGUUAUUCAGCACUUCAGUUAAUAAGUCGAUCAUGUGUAGUAUUAACUGAUCACCUUGGCAAAUAAGUUUAUCUUAUAAAGCUGUUUAUGCCAUUUUGGAUAUAAGAUAAAAAAAAUGUUUGCUGAUCAUCUUAGUUUGAGCAACACAACUGCUGAUUAGCUUCAUCAGCUUCUCGGUCCCUGAGUCCCUCCUGGCCCCAUGUUGGCUGAGGACAAGAGGAAUACUGUUGUGUCAGACUGUAGAAAUAUACUUGAGGAUAAACCAAACAACCAAGCAUCACGUUGGUCUUCCGACUCUAACAAUCCACCGCAGUUCCUUAUCUUGAAGCUCGAAAGACCUGCUGUGCUCAAGACCAUAACAUUUGGCAAGUAUGAAAAAACACACGUAUGCAACAUUAAGAAGUUCCGCGUUUAUGGUGGCUUGUCUGAUGAUAAUAUGGUUCUCCUCCUGGAAAGUGGGCUGAAAAAUGACACAAUUCCUGAGACAUUCCUUUUGAAGCACACAGUGUCAGGUCAUCAAUUUCCUGUACGAUUUGUGAAAAUUGUUCCUCUACAGGUGGGCGUGCGACCAUCCAAAGGCAAGAAAGCUCAGCCAAGCACACAGUCCUGGGGGUCCACCUUCAACUUUAGCAUUUGGCACGUGGCUCUGGGUGGGUGUGAUGACUGGGCCAUUGUGCAGAAAUGCAUCAACUGGUACACAACAUACCGUGAACGUGAAGCAAUUCGACUAUGUCUGAAGCAUUUCCGCCAACACAACUACACCGAAGCUUUUGAGUCUCUUGAAAAACGAACUCGUGUCACAUUGGAAGACCCGAGACUCACCCGGCUGCACAAAAUGCUGGUUGACUGCGGUGACUUUGACGGGUGUGAGCAACUCAUCGCUGAGGCUGCCGAAGAAGGACUCUUCCAGCAGUACAUCAGACAGCAGGAGUACAAACCUCAGUGGACUCCCAUCAUCCCUAACCCUGGAGGGUCCUCGGGUCCCCCUCCUCGGCCAGGCAUGAGAGGUGGCCAUCAGAUGUGCAUUGACACCAACACUCAGACGAUAUAUCUGUUUGGUGGCUGGGAUGGCAUGCAGGACCUGAGUGACUUGUGGUCAUAUCACAUCCCCUCCCAAGAGUGGACCUGCAUCACCCGGGACACUCAUGCAGAGGGAGGUCCCAGUGCUCGUUCUUGCCACAAGAUGUGUCUGGACCCUGAGCGUCGUCAGAUAUUUACCCUAGGUCGCUACCUUGAUUCUGCAUUGCGAAUUCCUGAUAACUUGAAGAGUGACUUCUACAUGUAUGACAUAGAGAACAACAAAUGGACGCAGGUGACGGAGGACACGGCCUCCCUUGGUGGCCCCAAGCUCAUCUUUGAUCAUCAGAUGGUCAUGGACGUCGAGAAGCGCAUAAUCUAUGUCUUCGGGGGACGAGUCUUGACCCCCUCAAGAUGGGAGGGGUGCGUUGGGGGCUUGGGCCUGGAUGAGCUCCGAACUAACAACUACACUCCUAGUGAAGCCAUCUUCUCUGGGCUGUAUGCUUACCACGUUGCCACCAACACCUGGACCAAACUGAGAGAAGACUGCUCGGGAAACUCCACCGGGCCGCAGGACAUCAAGUCUCGGAUAGGCCAUUCUAUGUUAUUUCAUAGUGGAAGCCGGCAGCUCUUCAUUUUAGCUGGACAACGAAUUAAAGAAUACCUCACAGACUUCUUCAUGUACAACAUAGACACUGACACUGUCACCUACAUCAGCGACGGCACCCGAAAAGACUCCUCCUCUGUGCCUGCAGCUGGCUUUACUCAGAAAGCCACUAUAGACCCUCACCUGAAUCAGAUUCAUGUCCUUUCGAUUUCUUUUCAGGGUCUAAGCAAAGACAAGGACAAGAGAGAUGAAAAUGUUCGCAACUCAUUUUGGGUCUAUGAUAUUUCUCAAAAUAAAUGGUCAUGUAUAUACCGCAAUGAGCAAACAGGAGAGUCUUACUGGAGUAAAAUGCAGCAUGUGGAGCCCUGCCCGCGCUUUGCUCAUCAGCUGGUCUAUGAUGACGUCAAAAAGGUCCACUACCUGUUUGGUGGAAACCCAGGCAAAGCCUCCUUGCCCAAGAUGAGGCUGGAUGAUUUUUGGUCUCUGCGACUGUGUCGACCGUCAACCCAGCAAUUGUACCAAACAUGUGUGCUGCUCAUCAGAAAGCACAGGUUUAGCGAAUUGGCUCGAGAAAACUCUGUGAUGGCCCUGAAGUAUCUGCAGACAAGACUCCACAGUGCUGUUGAUCACAGUGAUCCCCAGCAAGUUCAGGAAUUCCAAGCCCUUGCCACAACACUCUUCCAGCCUCAGGAUGAAUCAACCAUUGGGUAUGUUCACUCCCUGUCAGAGGAUGAAGACAGCAGCUCAACAUCAGCCACCACAGACCUUGGAUGGAAGCACACCAGCAGAUCACAGUUAUUUGACCAGUUAACUCAAUUUUUCCCCGAGCACAUGACUCAGCCACGAGGUAAUCUGGUGGACCUCAUACCAUACUGAUGACUUUUCACUGGUUGGUACACUUAGGUUUCUGUUAUUUAUAAUUUGACAUGGUAUUAUUUCCCUUACUCUCCGUAUGAAUUGUAAAAAAAAAAAUCAUUAAAUCUCAUUUCUUAUAUGAUAAUAGCUUUUUAACAAAUUAAUAUAAGACAAUGAAUUCAAAAGAUAAACAUAAUGACAUUAAAAUUUGUUGCCUCUAAGGGAUGUGUAAAAGUUUUGAAAGAAAUUUCAACAAAUUUGUCUUAAAAUAAGAAAAGGAAACUUUUAUCAUUUGUAUCUGUAGAUGUUAUUUCUGAAAUAUUUACUAAAAUAAUUACCAGUCAAAUUUUAGUAUUGCCAUAUACAGUGGAGGUCAGUAUGUUUAUCUGAGGAAUUUACACGUGUUUUAAUUCUUUUAAAACAAAGUCAUUAUUUAUACUUUGAACACUCCUACACAAGCUACAUGCACAUUGUAAACUAUCCUUUCAAAAGCAUUUAUUUGCAUCCCUCUUUCUGAAUACCAUUACACACACCUGCAUAUUUGACAUAUUGUCAAUAAGUUUUACCAAUCUCACUACAAAGUCACAUUAAACAAGCACUCACUAAUCCUUUUAGUGGUGAGAGCAUGAUUCUAGUCUCUUUGUACAGUGCCUUCUCAAACUAAGGCAUGUUAUCUUAUGGUCAAACAGUGCUGUCACAAUUGCAAGUAUCCAGAUGUUUGUAUUAUGUGCUUCACGUAUUACAUUGAAAUUCACUUAAUACAUGCAGAUUGCUCUCUAUAUGCAAGAUACAGUAUGUUCUUUUACACCUAUACUGUCCACCAGAAUUGAACUCUAGAAUUAUGAUUUUUAUAGUUAUUAAGUUUGGCUCAUCUAUGCAUCCCAAGAGUUAUUGUUAUUUAAUGCAGUUUUGAAACCUGUUAAUCAUAAUUCCUACAAACCUCCUCAAGACAUAGGACUUCUGAUACACCUGGUGCUCACAAAAUGCUGUUUUUGACUAAUGGCAUGAGGUCUUUGGAUUCUAAUGGGCUCAUUUAGGCUCCUCCUUUUCCUCUCCUUACUUUGUUGCAUCAAUUGGAAUAAUCAAACUACAUGGUAAGAGGUCAGGCACUCCUUUGGGUCAAGCAACUGCCUAUGACUUACUUUGUGAUGUUUACUCAGUCAUGCUGUGAGGUGCAUGCAUGUGCAGCUGAACACUUCCUUACUUCAAUAACUGCUCCCCAUUUCAUAGGAAUCCAGCUGUCCCCUGGCAUUGCUCUAUCAUGCUCAGAAAUGGGAGUGACUUUGCCUUCCAUUUCUUCAGUUUCUUCCUCAAUGUAGCACGUCCUCUUCUUCCUCCAGCCUCACCAUUACAUGUCCAGUGCCCUUCUGUUCUUUCUUCAGUUGAGAAGUGGUCUGUAGUCCUCUCUUUACUUCUACAUUCAUUAUUCAUAAGUGCCUCCAGUUUUUGGAUUUUGAGGUGAAGCUGGUUCUGAGUAUUCUUUGCUAUAUAGCUGAGUGAUACAACCAUCUAGCUUUUUUUUUAUUGAUGGAGUGGGCCUCCACCUCCUGGUGCAGUGUCUACAAAACUGCAGUGGUCUUGCUGUCCCGCAGUUAAGCUUUAACUAUUGCAGUCAUGCAUUACAAGGCCUCCAGCUUCCUGAAGUGGUCUGUGGUAACUCAUAGUCUGCUUACAGUUCCUCUAUCCUAGGACCCAGCUGAACCACUCUGCCAGCCACCUCUGUCUUCCUUUUCUUCUCUUGUAACCCCUUCUUCCCGUGCUCCUCCACCUCCCUUAGAUUCUUCUCAAGGACUUGAGAUAAGGGACAGGCAUUCUUCCUCUUUGUUUCCCACACUGGAGAAGGCUGUAACCAAAGAAGAGAAAUUAUCUUAAGUUUAUCCCAAGAGGAGGUUAGAUGUUGGUUUUCUUCCUAAUGUCUUAUUCACUUGCAGUAACUCCACAGCAUUACACUAUUGCUUAUCCCGGUAGUGAGCUGUGUGGUCUGUUUUGAGCCCUUGAAUGAUAAUCAGGGACAGAUUAUGCACUGGGAGGGUGUUUCAAAAGAUGAGAUACUUUUCAUCAUUCAAAGUGUGUGUAAGAGGAAGAGGAAACAUUUUGGGGUAUUUAUGAGCCUCAAGAAGGCACACGAAAGCAAAGUUAACUGGAGGUAUUACAGUAUCUACUGUUAUGGAUGGCAUGGAGAGAGAGCUUUUAUGGGCAGUAAAAUAUUUUAGAAUGAAUUCAUUGGAGAGCCACUAUGUGUGCUUUCUUCAUUUGUAUAUAUUUAUAUAAUGAUAUGGAAUUUGGAAAUAAAUAUGAAGGAAUAGUGUAGAGUGAAAGGUAGGACAUAAUGUAUAUGCAGAUGGUACAGGUGUACCUGAAUAUGAAGAGGACCUUAGAUAGACAUGGAGGAAUAUGCACAGAUGUCUCUGAAUGCAGGGAUGAGUUGAUGAAUGGAAAAAUAUAGACGUGAUAAAAUAGGAAUGAAAUACGAGGUUAUCUUGAUAACAGAGAAGUCCUUGAGGUAGAGAAGUAGCUUCAGUUGGUGCUACAAUUGAAAAGCCAGGUAUUGGAUUGAGGGGGAGACAAAGUAGGACAAAGGAGAACAGUGGUUAUAGUUAUAUUAGUCCUCAUAUAAAUAAGAAUGUUAGGUGUGAAAGCACAAGAGGUCUCCAUGAGAUCUUGGUGCUAACCCUAUUAUGUGGAGGUUGGUGUGACAAACUGGAUGUAAAUAUGCAUUGGAACAUCUUUGAAGUGUACUGUUCAAACAUGAUAAGCGAGACAUGAAAUAUGUCUGUGUGGCAGCUUUGAUAUGGUUAUAUUGAGAGGAUAUAGAGGAGCAGACUUUUAAAAAGACCCGGCUUCUCUGUAACAAAUGUGAAUAACAAAUGGAGGCACUUUUAACUAAGGAGUUGGCUUAUAAUACAGAGUGGGUGAGCCUUGGUUGUUCUGUUUUAAUCUGCAAGUCACUGGUUGUAAGAGGCUACAAUGAACUGAGGGACAUAUUAUGUCAGGGACAGUAUUGGGGUCAUAGCCAUUAAGAAAAUUGAUGGGAUUUCAUGCUUAUUCCAAGCAUAAAAAAGCCACACAAUGAAGUCAUUUUUAUGAGGAGGGUUGCAUGUCGGCAUGCAUCAAGGGUGUCACACUGGCAUGCAAUGCUUAAAAGUUCAUAGAAAACAGCUGCUCUACCAGCAACAAUCCUCAUUUCUGCUCCAUGCCAAGUUGACUGAUAACAAAGGUGCACAGAUUUUUUUUAUUUUAAGUGAACACAUUGUAUCAAGUAUAUACCAUGCAUGGGCACUUGUACCUCACUUGUUUCUGGCUUACUUUUUAGAAUUUAAAAUAAAUUAUUUUCAGGUAACCACCUGAUUCCUUUGUAUUUCUUUAGGAAUAUUUUAAUAGAUAUGAAUUAGUAGGAUCGUUUUUUAGCUAAUUGUGCAUCAUUCCUUUGUUUGGGAAAAUUUAAACAGCAGCAAUGAUUCAGAUUAUAUCUGAAAAUUCCUUGUUGUUCAUCAGAGUUAAGUAGCCAAGGUAACCAUCAUUUAAGAUGUUUCUCUUUUACUUACAAAAAUAGCAAAUGAUUGUUUUUUCCUUUUUCUUUUGCUAGGCUUAGAAUGAAAAAGUUGUAGAAAUAUAUUUUGAGAGGUCUUCUCUGUUUCAUUGGCACAAAAACUAUCAACUAAUUUUCUCUUGUUUUCACCUGGCUGAGCAUGAUUAACGUUCUCUAUUUUUUAAUUUCUUGUCUUGACUGAAAUAUUUCAUAAAUAAAAACAUUGAAUAUCAAUUUGAAAUAGUCUCUCUUUAGGGUUUUUAACAACACAAUUGACCAUGAGAAACAGUACAAUAUAAGUUAUGAGUAUAGUUAAUUUAAAUGUAAGCAACAAAAUAUAUUUUUGCAAUUGAUUUAUGUUACUAUUACUGUAUAAAAAGAAACUGUGGGUGGGAUGGAAAUUAAAUUCAAUAGUUUGAGAAGACACUACAUAUCGAGUUGUUUGUUUAGUUUGAACAAAGUCGAUGGAACCUUUUAAAAAAUACUAGUAAAACAGUUUACAUACUAAAAUAAUUUUCAAAGGGAGAGGCAUGCAGACAUAUGUACUCAAACUGUCAGCUAUACAUCAAUAGAUCUUUUUUUAUUAGAAUUAUGAUAUUUUUUCGCAUUGAAGUCUUUUGUAUACUGGUAAAUGCGUAAAGCAUUCUGGCUGUGACAUUAGGGGAAGGAAAUUUAUUUUCUUAUUUGCAUGCGACAUAGCUGUUGAUAUAUUGGUGGGAUACAGAAACCAUGGAACUGAUGUUGGGAAAAUCUCUAAUCAUACAAUGUAGGGGAAUGUCAUUCACUAUGCAUAUACUUUUUUUUUUUCUGUUGAUGAAUGUCAUCGAUGCUAUCCCUACAAAAAAAAUUAUGAUAAUCAUAAAUUGAUGUAAAUUUUUAAUAUGAAUUGAUUGAAAUAAAGGUUCUUUACUUUGUUCAUGAGUUAUUCUGUUGAGUAUCUUCUCUUCAAAAAUAUCUAUCUAUUAAUCAAAGCAUUCAGAUGUAAGCUGCAGGGUAUUCUUUUUUGUAAAUAUUGAGAUCUUGGAGAUGGUUUCCUAACUUAUUUCCUUUUCAGAAUGUCUCUGAUCAAUACCUCUGCUUUUCCUCAGUAUCAGUGAUACCUUAGCUACCUGUAAUAGUCAUGUAUACAUAAUUAUGUUGCUUUUAUAAGAAAUAUGAAGACCAGAUAUCAUUUCUUUGAAAAUGGCUGGUCUACUUAAUUUCAUAAAUUUUAUGAUAAA